UGUAAACAUAACAGGUUGAACUUUAUGAAUACUUCAAAGUUAAUGUAUUUUUACUUUUUAGUUCAUUUGAAUAUUAGAAAUUUUAAUAUUGUGUAGGUUUGAAAAUAAGAAAAUGGACCAAUGCCAAAUUGAUGGUAAUGAUGAACUCAAGAUACCUAAUGAUGGUCAUCAUGAAACUAAUAUGAAGUAAGUUACAUGUUAAUUAAUUACUUUUUAUACCUACUAUUGUUUUAUGCAAUAUAUAUAAAAGUGUGAUUUGCAACAGUUAUAGUAUUUAUGAAUGGUAAUUGAUCUAUAUACAGCGUAUUUUAAAAUAUUUAGACUGUUUUUUUGAUGACAUCUAUAAAUACCUUAUAACCUCAUUAAUCCGGAAUCCAGUUAACUAGAAUUCGCAGUUUGUGUCGUAGACCAAAGUAAACUUGAAAACAAGUUCCACAAAUUUCUCUUAAAUGCAUGUUAUCGCGAUUAUUAUUUAUAAAUUAUAUGUAUUAAAAUACAUAUUCUAUAACACAUACAAAAUUUUUUUUAGUUGUUGAAGCCAAUAAACUUAAAGUAAAAAAUAAAAUACAUGGUGUUUCGUUAUUUUAUUUAAUCUGGGCUUUCGUUAAUUUGGACCAAUUUGGACUGAGCUCCAAUCAGUCCAGAUUAAUGACGUUCUACUAUAUGAUCAAAAUAUUUGUGACAUUAAAAUUAAUGGUGCUACAAAAUUAAUAAAUGAGAAUGAGUUUUAGAAGAUUGAUAAAUAUAUUCUGUUCACUUAAAUACAAAUAAUUUUUUUGAUUUUGCUAUAUUUUUAAAGUGUGUCAAAUUUAUUAUUUUUUAAAUUUCUUAUCACCAAAAAUAAAUUAUUGAUAGAUCUCAUAUAACAAGAGUACUUGGUUUAUUUAUAUAAUAUGUAUAUUAUAUGUUAUAAUUAUUACUAUUAUUAACUAUUUGUAUUGUCUAUACAUACAUAUAUAGCUUUUCAAAUUAUUUUUCAGGUCAAUCAAACACAUAAGUAUUAAAAAGGUAAGAUGAAAUAAUAAUUAAAUAAUUAAAUAUUUUUCUAAUAACUAAUAAAAUUGACUAUAAACAUUAUAUAUUUUUACUGUGUAGAAUUUAACUGAGGCAGAUCAUCGUACCCCAAAACGUAAAAAUGACAUUUCUAAUUUAAAUACUUUGAAGAAGAAAAAAAAAUAUGAGACUGCUUUGGCUGCAGUUUUUCCAGAAAAUGACCAAUCAUACUUGCAAUAUGCUCAAGGUAUUAAAAUUCUAUUAUUAAUUGGAUUAUUAUAUUGUAUAAUAUAAUUUAUUUUUUUCUCAUAGAUUAUGCUGAAGGAUAUAUGAAAAAAUUACGAGAAAAGUUAGAUUCUGAAUCAUUUGAUCAAGCCAUCAAACUCUUAGCAUCUUUUGGUGAUGCAGAUGAUAGCAAUAUUAAUCUAUUAUAUCAACAAAUAAAAGAAGUUUUUACUGAUAAAAAUGAAGAUUUGAUAUAUGAAUUUUUAGGAUUUUUACUACCAGGACAAGCAUUAUCAAUUGGCAAAUUUACGGAUUAUUUAGAGUUAACUAGGAUAAAAGAAUUUAUAAGAAAAUUACAAGUAUAUAUUUUAUCUUUUCAAAUACUGAUCAGUUUAAUUUACGUUUAGUUUCAAUUAGGUUUGCAUGAAAAAACAACAAACUCAAGUUCGUAAAAUAUUAGAUAAUUUGUUCCAUUUAUCAAAAAAUGAAAAUGUUACUCCAUUAGAAGUACAUUCAGUUAUGCUUCCUUUAUUAAAAAGUAAUCCAAUUUUAGUCGAUUGUUUUUUUCAAUUAAUUCCUACAGAACAUCCUCCUGAAAGGUGCUAACCAUUAAGUUAUAUUACCUUAUUUUGUAAAUAUUGUUAUUUAGUAAAAUUUAUUUUAGUUUUUUUUCUGAUGAUAAUUGGGAAGACUUGGACGUUGACCAAAGUGUUAACUAUGGAAUAGACUAUGAAGAAAUAAUUCCAUCAGAUUCAGAAGAUCAUACUCUAUUAAAUAUAUGUCACUGUAUAUGUCACAGACUUGGAGAUAAUGCACACUGUAGAUCCUGCGGCCUGAAGGUAAAUAUUUAAUGUAAUAUGUUUUAAUAUUUAUAUUUAAUUAUUUCAGUUUUAUCAAAAUGUAUUUCUGCCAUACACCUGUUCAUUUUUUAUUUCUUUCUAAGUUUUCUAACAAACUAUUUAUCACUGAAUUCAAAAUUCAAGGUGUGUUAAAAAACAAAUGUGUCAUUUCAAUAUUUUUUUUUUAAAUAUACGUAUUAUAAUACAGUUCACAAAUUCUGUCUAGAAUUUUCAGCAUAACAAAAAUAAAAUAAAACACAUAUUUUCACUAAAUCUAUUUAACCAUCUAAUAGUAGGUAUUAUAAAUUUAUUUGCAAUAAAUAAAAACAUUAAAAAAUUAACUAAUAAAAUAAUAUACAUAGACCAUUUAGUAGAUAAUUUUCACUCGUAUAAGGUAAUAUAUAUAUAUAUAUAUAUAUUAUUUUUAAUUUUUUGUAAUACUAAUACGGAGAUUUAACAAUUAAUAACUGAAGUUGAAAAAUUACCAGUACUGUGGGCCACAUCUGAUAAAUUGUAUAAGUGAAAUCGCAACAUCUUUGUCAUCCAUUUCGAUGAAAACUGAUAAUGUCCCUAACUGUAUGUGACUGAAAAAACAGCAUCCGCCAAUAAAACUCUCACGUGACCUUACACUAAAUCUUAUAGAAAUUCUCUUAUCAAAGUAUUUAGUAAUCAUAUAGCUAUAUAAAACACUAGAGUAAGAAAUAUAUUAUAAUAUACCAUUUAAUAUAAUAGGUAUGCAAAUUUUUUUUUUAUUACUAUUGGAGAUGUUAUUGACGCAUCUUAUGCUUGUUAACUUAUUUACAGUUUCAUCUAAAUCUAUAUUUUGUGCAUUAUCCGAUUCCUCAUAGAUAAAAUUAACAUUAGUUCACUUAAUCUGGCAUCACUCACAUCAUCUUUUAUUAGAAGCUAUUGUGUUAAGUAAAGUGAAAAAUAUUGAAAGAAUUUUUGGAAAAUGCUGAAGAAAGUUUCUAUAAAAUAAUUAAUAAAAUAAAAUAAUUGUUUUAAUAAUAUAAUUGAAUUGCUCUAACAAAAAUGUUGCUAGUUGGAAUUUUAGUUUUAUUUAUAUUAAAAGAAAUAUGUAUGUGUAAUGAAAAUUUUCAGCUAAUAUUGAUUUUGAUAUAAAGAAUGUAAAAUGUUGAAAAUAUUGAACAGUUUUUGAUUUUUAUCACAAAAUUUGUUAUCAAAUAUUUAAUAUAUUAUGUUUUUAUUUUUAAUUCAAAAGGAAAAUAAAAUAUUAAUUUAAAAAUAGAUGUAAUAAAUGUAGACCAAUAAGACACAAUCCAUUCCACUAUUCAGACAAAACAAUAUGUAAAGCUGACCAAAUACUAUAAUUUUGGAUUAGUUGCACGUUCUAAAUGACAUCACUGUUCAAAAAGUCGAAAAGCAGUAGGAUUAAUUACAGGCUUCUGUGACUUCUCCCCGAAAACAUUUAUUUUUGAUAAUUCUUUAGAGCCCACUUUUAGUUUUGAUUUAACUAGUGUUUAUAUAAAAUAUGUUUUUAAUUUUCUUGUCGUAUGGCCGACAAACCCUAUAUUCCCAUCUCCAACCAGUAUUUUAUGAAAUCAACCUCCCAAUAUGUUAAUUUAUCAUGCAGAUCAUUUUGAUCUUGUAUCAUAUAUAGUGCAUUUUAACAGUUAUCUAUCAUUUUGUAUUUCUCCACCAUUACAUCAUGUGUUUUCAAUAAAACCUAAAGAACAAAAACUUUAAGAGAUUUUUAGGGAAUUGGAAAGGAUUUUUCUUUCAUCAUUUAUGCAAUGAUUAAGUAAUGAUUAUUACUAGUAUACAAUUUCAAAAAGUUUUUAUUGUCAACUUAUCAUAUUAACAAAUUCCUGACAAACCUGAACUUGGAUUUGAUUUUGAAUCUCCACAUUCUGCAUCAACUAUGUUGCCAUUUCGCUCAUCUCUACAUUUUAGUUAAACUUUCUGGCAUAAGUCAUGUAAAAUAUUGCAUUUCUUUGAUAACUGAGGUUUUGUCUACACAAUAAAAUCAAACAUCCUUUCUAACCCCUCUAAAAAUACCCAAUCAUGAAAAACAUUGGUUAUAUCAAAACAAAAUAGAUUAUUGAAAAUCUACAAAAAUAGAAAUGCUCAUAAGUUAGUCAUAUUAAUUCUACUGCUCUUUGAUGAAUUGUUAGUGCCCAGUUCAAACAGUCUCAUGCUAUUUUUUGAAAGUAGCAUGUAUACCUGUUUAUUUUUUUCAUUAUAUAAAUUUGUAUCUUAAUAUUUAUAAAUUGAAGACAAACGUGUUAUCAACAUUUACAAUAGAAAUAUACAAGUUUUUUAGAUGCCAAAUUUUUUAUUAAAUAUUGAUAUUGAUAUUUAUUUUUUGCUAUCAACCAUUAUAAUAUAAAUAUAAUAUAUAUAUAUAUAUAUAUAAUAAUAUUACAAUAAGUUAGAUACAUAGUUGCACAGCUGCUUUUUCAAAAGCAUAAUGCUUGUAAACAUCAUGUAUUGUUCUAUUUUAAACACCCUAUGUGUAAUUACAUACAAAAUACAUUUGUUUACCUUUAGUAUUACCUUAAAUGUUAUGUAUUUUUAUUUAAAAAUGGUAUAAUUUUGUAUAAAAUAUUAAUAUACACAUUUAUAUUUAGUUUUUUAAAGGUCGUAUUUACUUUGAUACGCCAGAAGGAUUGAAAUUAGCUAAAAUUAAUUUUGAAGGAGCUGAUCCAUCUAUUGUCCAAUCUAAAAUUGAUAAAACUAAAGAAAAUAUUACAACAAAGCAAAAAAAUAGAAAGAGUUUGAUUAAAAAUAAUUCUCCCAGUUCUGCAGAAGAUAUCAAAGGCAGCACGGGAACAGGUUUGUACUGAAAAAACUAUUAAUACAUAAUUCUGAAGAAUUUAUCUAUUUGUUUUAGAGUCCGAAGAAGAUCUAAUUGAUGUUAAACCAAAAAAACGACAAAAGUCUAAAGUAGUGCAGUCUUUAAAACUAAAAUUUAAGAAGGAAGGAAAUUCUAAAUGUAAAGAUGAUCAAGACCCAUAUAAUGAAUCCAUAAAGUCUAUAGUUCAUGUUAAUAAUGAAGAAUUGAAUAGCAGUGAGAUGGUAUUUUUUUGUAUCCCAAAAGCAGAAUCGAGCACAAAAAUUGUACCCAAAAAGAAAUUAAAAGUCGAUAUUAAAGAAAAUUGUAUCAAACAGGAACUAGAAACUAUGAAUCAGAUUAACUCAGAACCUUUUAGUUUCAAUAAUUAUAAUUCAGAUUUAUAUAAAAAAAAUAAUGAUAAUAAUACUGAAGACACUUUAGGUAUAAAUACUAAGAACAAUAUACUGAAUAAAACAAAAACCGAAAUUAAUUGCACAUCCCAAUCUACUAUUGAAAAUAUAAAAAAAGAAGACAUUAAAUCUGAGCAACAUCAAAUAGUAAAUAAUAUUAAUAUAGAAUUAACUAGUCAGUCAUUAAUAACUAAUAAUGACUUGUCUGUAAAUAGUAUUCUUUCCAUGCCUCAGAAAAAUUUAGAAGAAUCAUAUAAACAUAUAAUUAAGAAAGAAUUUAUUGAAUACUCAAAUAAUAGUAAUAUAAUCAAUAAGGAAUUAUGUCAUAACACUGAUAUUAAGUUAACAACUGAUAUCAAUAAAUCUGUACUUGAUGAAAGUGCAACAAUAAAAAAUAAAGCUAUUGAUAAUUUAUCCAAAUGUUAUUUAGAAGUAGAGAAACCAGAAAAUAUUACAUCUGAAAAACAGCUGGUUAAUAAAUGGACAAUUGAUGAAGAUAAAAUUAUUCUUCAAACCUGUAAAAGAGUUGAAGACAUUGAAGUUUUAUUGGAGACAAUCAAUAGACGAAUACCUCAAAGAUCGGUGUCGGAAGUAAAAUAUUUUUUUACAAUUUUUAUUUAAUAUUACUAAAUAAAAUAAUCAUCCUUAAUUUACAGAUUCAAGAAAGAUUUACAACUUUGAUGACUUUACUUGAACAGAUGAUUGAUGUAAAACAAAAUUAACAUUGUUAAAAAUGUAUUUAUUUAAUAAAUUAUUUUCUACAUAAAAAGAUUUAAAACCAAUUUUUAAUUUCAAUCUUCAUAUCCUGGUGGUCUUGGUAUUCUUUUAUUCUCAUAGUGUUCUAAAUUAACUUGUUCUAAAAGUUUCUGAUAUUCAGUUUCUAUUGUAACACUACCUCGGGGCUUCAUCUCAAUUCCUUGUUUCCGAAGUUCUUCUGGACUAAUAAGCUGAACCUUUCGAUAAUCAUAACGGAUCUGUGCAAAUUCUCUCAGGCCAAAUGAUCCUCCAAUGAUUAAUAAAAUAAAUGGUGCACCAAAACGAAGGAAUUUAUUUUUUAAAACGUUAUUCAUGAACUUUGAUAAAUAUAACAUUUCUAAGCAUUUUUUAUUUAAAUAAUAAAAUUUAAUUUAAAUUCUUAAAUUUUCAGAUUUUAUAAUUGAAUUGUAAUUCUAAUAUUAUAUAUAACUAACAAAACAUAAAUAAUUAAACAAAAAAAACGAAUGUUAAUUUAAUACUUUAUUUGAGUAUUUAACUCUGGGUUCAAUAGGUAUUUAAUUUAUAGAUAUAGUGUACGAUGAGGAAAUUCGUUAUCUACA